UUUAAAUCUGCGUAAGAUAUUAGAAGGGAAGAAACAGAUGAAUGUUUAAGAGAAUAUUUUCUUUAUUCUCUGACAUAGGUCUCUUUGCGUGCUGGCAAUCUAAAUUAUUAGUCUUGUGCUUUUUGUCUCAUGGGGUUCAAGUAAGAAUUUUCUUAGAAAAUCUGAUCAGCUAGCUACGUGGCAGCAUUAACAAGUCCAAACUGUAGAUGAUGUGAGACCUGUCUUUGUUGUGUACUUAAUAUAUGUGUACAAACGAGAUUGCAAACAAAACUUACUUCUCCUGUUUGGUCUUUUAUCUGUGUAACCUGUAAUCAUGGGAAACAGUAUCUUUGCAAAUUGCUGCAGACACGUCACUGAUCUAAUCUUCCAGACACACAGCUUUAAUUCGUCUGAGAGGGCCCCUCUCUUACCCAAAUCUCCCAUUAGUUGCACUGCACCUCCUGAUGUCUCCCUCCCUGUUCAAAUGAAGUUAGAUGUCUCGGAAGCUUGCAAAUGCAUGCCACUGUAUCCGGACAUUAUUCUCAGCAAUGCAUCGAAUGAAAGUCUGCAGAAAUGGCCAGAAUAUGUUCAAGGCUUACCCAAGGAGAAGGGCAGCGAAGAAACGAUGAAGGCCUCUGAAAACAGCUGCUCGAAAUUCAGUGUUGCUGUUGCUAGCUUAAUAAAGCAGGCAGAGGCAUCUUCUGCUCUGGCCGUCCUUCCUGUCGACCUUGAGAAAGGAUCAGCUACACAGUUAAAUUAUUCUCAGUCACUUGAGGCCUGCCAGAAUUGCGGGAAACUUGAGGCCAAUGGCCUAGACUCUAAAUCGUGCAACCAGGAAGAGCCUGUUGUUCCAGCUGACAAAAGAGCUGCAGCCCACAGAAUGCCUGUUGUUGAUUGGCAGCAAAACCAAGACCUCUCUAAAAGGGGAAAAGCCUCCAAUUUGGAACCAUCGUUAGCCGCUCCAGGUGUCCAAUUAAAACACAGAACUAACGUUUCUAACUUGGGGAGCUGUGAAACGGUUGAAAUGCCUGAAUCUAAUCUCUCUGGAAAGGCAGAGAAAAGCCAGAAUAUCCAAGAGACAGUCUUGUCUGUUGUUACAGAUGAGAAUACACAUAUGAUCCAGGAUAAAAGCACUUGUUACUUACCGACCAAUCCUGCAAUUGGCCUAGAUGAUGGGUUAAACCUUGAUCCUGAUCUUGAAGUGAGCACACUGCCAUCAAAGCAGAAGAAGAGGAGGAGGAAAAGGAAGCUUUGUUUUUUAGAACACCCAUCUGGCAUGGCUUUAAUGAACGGUGACGGCUCUUACGAGCACCUCAAGGAGGAGAGCAGGCAGAAUGGCCACGAGGAGGCUGACCCAGGGGAUGAUGCGAACGACCAGGAAGUUAUCGUCAUACAGGACACCGGCUUCACUGUCAAGAUCUACGCUCCGGGGAUAGAACCCUUUUCCCUACAGGUCUCUCCCCAAGAGAUGGUGCAGGAGAUCCACCAGGUGCUGAUGGACAGAGAGGACACCUGCCACCGAACUUGCUUCUCUCUGCAGCUGGAUGGGAACGUCCUGGAUAACUUUGCUGAGCUGAAAACCAUUGAAGGGCUGCAGGAGGGGUCGGUGCUGAAAGUGGUUGAAGAGCCCUACACGGUACGGGAAGCCAGGAUACACGUGCGUCACAUUCGGGACCUUCUGAAGAGCCUUGACCCAUCAGAUGCUUUCAAUGGUGUGGACUGCAACUCGCUCUCGUUCCUGAGCGUCUUCACGGAAGGAGACCUAGGAGACAGUGGAAAACGGAAGAAGAAAGGUACUGAAAUGGAACAAAUUGACUGCACCCCUCCUGAACAUAUCCUGCCUGGUGGCAAAGAGAGACCCCUCUGUGCCCUCCAGCCCCAGAACAGAGAGUGGAAGCCUUUGCAGUGCCUAAAAGUCUUGACCAUGAGUGGCUGGAACCCCCCACCUGGCAACCGGAAAAUGCACGGAGACCUCAUGUAUCUGUACGUCAUCACUGUGGAGGAUCGACACGUUAGUAUCACUGCGUCCACCCGAGGAUUUUACCUGAAUCAGUCGACUGCCUAUAAUUUUAAUCCUAAACCUGCCAAUCCCAGUUUUCUCAGUCAUUCCCUGGUGGAACUCCUUAACCAGAUCAGCCCGACCUUCAAAAGAAAUUUCUCAGCUCUGCAGAAGAAACGGGUUCAGAGGCAUCCCUUUGAAAGGAUAGCCACCCCCUUCCAGGUAUAUAGUUGGACGGCACCCCAGGCAGAGCACGCCAUGGACUGCGUGAGGGCGGAAGAUGCUUAUACUUCAAGGCUGGGCUAUGAAGAGCACAUACCUGGACAGACCAGAGACUGGAAUGAGGAGUUGCAAACCACACGAGAGCUACCCCGCAAGAAUCUGCCAGAGAGGCUGCUGAGAGAACGAGCCAUUUUCAAGGUCCACAGUGACUUCACGGCGGCCGCUACCAGAGGAGCCAUGGCCGUCAUCGACGGCAACGUCAUGGCCAUCAAUCCCAGCGAGGAGACCAAGAUGCAGAUGUUCAUCUGGAACAACAUUUUCUUCAGCCUGGGCUUCGACGUCCGCGACCACUACAAGGACUUCGGGGGGGACGUUGCCGCCUACGUGGCGCCCACCAACGACCUCAACGGGGUGCGGACCUAUAACGCGGUGGACGUUGAGGGGUUGUACACGCUGGGGACCGUGGUGGUGGAUUACCGGGGUUACCGGGUCACGGCCCAGUCCAUCAUUCCAGGGAUUUUGGAGCGAGAGCAGGAGCAGAGCGUCAUUUACGGGUCGAUAGACUUCGGCAAGACAGUCGUCUCUCACCCCAAGUACCUGGAGCUGCUGGAGAAGACCAGCCGGCCCCUCAAGAUCCAGAAGCACAAAGUGCUGAACGACAAGAACGAGGAGGUGGCGCUGUGCUCGUCCGUGGAGUGCAAAGGCAUCCUUGGCAACGACGGGCGCCACUAUAUCCUCGACCUGCUCCGCACCUUCCCCCCCGACCUGAACUUUCUGCCGGUCGAAGGGGAGGAGAUGCCGGAAGAAUGUAAGAAAAUGGGAUUCCCCAAACAGCACAGGCACAAGCUUUGCUGUCUCAGGCAGGAGCUGGUGGACGCCUUUGUAGAGCACAGAUAUCUCUUAUUCAUGAAACUGGCUGCUCUGCAGCUGAUGCAGCAGAAGGCCAACAAGCAGGAGAACUCGGGCGUGCUGGAAAACGGGGCUUCCGUAGAGAACGGAACAGGGGGAAGCGAGAAAUCGGAAUCGGAUGAUGGUAAAAUAGAGGAUAACGUGACUGGAUUAGAUCAGGUUAAAGAGCUGGCAGAGACCAUUGCAUCUGACGAUGGAACAGUGGAUCCCAAAAGCAGAGAGGUGAUUCAAAAUGCCUGCAAAGCCGUGGGCUCCAUCAGCGACACGUCCUUUGACAUUCGGUUUAACCCGGAUAUCUUCUCACCAGGUGUUCGUUUCCCUGAGUCCAGCAAAGAGGAAAUGCAGGAUCAGAAGCAGUUGUUAAAGGAUGCUGCUGCUUUCUUACUGUCAUGCCAAAUCCCAGGCUUGGUGAAAGACUGCCUGGACCACACCGUGCUCCCGAUGGACGGCGCUACGUUAGCAGAGGCCAUGCACCAGAGGGGCAUCAACAUGCGCUACCUAGGCAAAGUCGUCAACUUCAUCGCCAAGACCCCCGCCUGCCCACAGCUGGAUCACAUCUACAAAAUUGGAAUCAGCGAAUUGAUCACUCGAUCAGCCAAACACAUCUUCAAGACAUACCUUCAGGGCGUGGAACUGUCUGGCUUAUCGGCAGCCAUCAGUCACUUCCUCAAUUGCUUCCUAAGCUCCUUCCUAAAUCCAGUUGCCCAUCUCCCUGCUGAUGAGCUGGUCUCCAAAAAGAAGAAUAAGAAAAGGAAAAACAGGAACCUUGGGAAUGCUGAUAACACUGCCUGGGCCAGCAUGACCCCUCAGGAGCUUUGGAAGAAUAUUUGUUCCGAGGCAAAGAACUACUUUGAUUUUCAUCUUGAAUGUGAGAAUGUUGACCAAGCAGCAGAGGUGUGCAACCUCCAGAAAAUCACCCUCCUACGUGAGAUCUCCCUCAAAACUGGAAUCCAGAUCCUGUUGAAAGAGUAUAACUUCGAUAACCGGCACAAACCCACCUUCACAGAGGAGGAUAUUCUCAACAUCUUCCCGGUCGUGAAGCACGUAAACCCCAAAGCUUCGGAUGCUUUCCACUUCUUCCAGAGCGGGCAAGCGAAGGUCCAGCAAGGUUUCUUGAAGGAGGGCUGUGAACUCAUCAAUGAAGCCUUAAACUUGUUUAACAACGUGUACGGUGCGAUGCACGUGGAAAUCUGUGCCUGCCUUCGGCUGCUGGCUCGCCUCAACUAUAUCAUGGGAGACUACUCAGAGGCCUUAAGUAAUCAACAGAAAGCAGUGUUAAUGAGUGAGAGGGUCCUGGGCAUUGAGCAUCCCAACACAAUCCAAGAAUAUAUGCACCUUGCUUUGUAUUGCUUUGCCAACAGCCAACUCUCCACAGCAUUAAACCUUCUGUACCGCGCACGCUACCUCAUGCUGUUGGUAUUUGGAGAGGACCACCCAGAAAUGGCACUCUUAGACAACAACAUUGGUUUGGUGCUUCACGGAGUUAUGGAAUACGACCUGUCCCUCAGAUUCCUGGAGAAUGCUCUGGCGAUCAACUCCAAGUAUCACGGCUCCAAGUCUCUGAAGGUUGCACUGAGCCAUCACUUGGUAGCCCGAGUGUACGAGAGUAAAGCAGAAUUCCGAUCAGCUCUACAGCACGAAAAGGAAGGCUACACAAUCUACAAAAAUCAGCUUGGAGAACACCACGAAAAGACCAAAGAAAGCUCUGAGUACUUGAAAUACCUGACUCAGCAAGCAGUGGCUCUUCAACGCACAAUGAAUGAGAUCUACAAGAAUGGAUCCAAUGCAAACAUUAUGCCACUUAAGUUCACCGCUCCCAGUAUGGCGAGUGUGCUGGAGCAGCUCAAUAUUAUCAAUGGAAUUCUCUUCAUUCCGCUCAGCCAAAAGGACUUGGAGAACCUUAAAGCGGAGGUGCAGCGACGGCAGCAGCUCCAGGAGGCCGUGAAGAGCAGCGAACAGCUGGAAGCAGAAGACACAGGCUCCGAGGAGAGGGAGGCUGAGCCGAGCAUGGCUUCUGCAGAGGUCCCCCCAGCACAGAGCUCUGCUUAAAGUGUACCUCCCUUUAAAAAAAAAAAAAAAAAAGUUUAAACCCUCCCCC